UGUUUGACAAGGAGUUGCUACAGCAAUGCUUACUUUAAGUCAGGUGUGGACAUCCAUUUUAUUGCUAGUGAAAAUACUUAUGGAAAACAAACCAAUGUUUUGUAAUAAUACCGUUAUUAUAAAGUUUAACGUUACCCUAGUAGACAAAUGGCUAGAAGCUCGUUUAUUUGAACGUUAGCAUGCUGCUGUCUAUCUUCAUAAUAACAACUAGUUACUGUAGCUAGCCACUAACGUUAGCAGUCCACAACGAUUGUUAAUGUUUUUCAUGCCUCAGUUAUGAACAGAAAACGGGCCCUUAUAUCAGACACGUUUAAAGUGAACAAACGAAGAGUUGGCAGAGAAGCAGUUUGGAGCUGUCAACAAUGGAGAAGAGGGACCACUGGACGUCAAAGCCACCCUGCAGGACCGUAUGACAUUAUUCCCACGCAAACUCUUCAAUGACGCCCUUCCACAAAUUGUCCUAAAACACCAACUCUACAGCAUACACAAUGAUAGGACCCAAGUGGACAGGCAGCUUAGUGACUUGAGGGAACAGGGAGAGCUGUUGAUGUUCCAGCUGGGCUUUGACUCCGAGGCCUUUGGGUUGGUGUUCUCUGCAGACUACAAGGCUAAAGUCCUGGCUGGGGAGGAGGGGAGAGGGACACGGGGCACAGUGGAUAAAUUCCUGGAGAAAGUGCUGCCCUCCUGCAAUGACCUGAGCUUCAACAAAGACAAAAUGCUGAAGGAGUUUCGCUUCACAGACUCAGAGAUAACGCAACUGGUGAAGUCGGGGGUUCUGACUGUGAGGGACGCUGGCAGCUGGUGGCUCUCCAUCCCCAACUCUGGCAGAUUCACCAAGUACCUAAUACAGGGUCGUAAAGCUGUGCUGGGCAUGGUUAAGAAGUCCAAAUAUAACGAAGUCUUAAAGGCAGAACUGGAGGAGAGGCAGACCAACUCACAGGUUAAAUUCCAGAUCAAGUACCACAUCCAUGACAUCAUUGGUGCCGAGCUAGUAGAAUGGUCCAUAUUGAGAUUCACUGAGUGAGUUACAACUUCCACAAUUGAGGACCCAACACCCCUGACUCUGCGCAUUAGUGGGCAUCCUCAGUCGCAACUUCCCAAAGAGACCCUGCAGACCUCACACAAUCAACAAUGUGGAAGAGGGCACUAGUAUCAGGGGCCAGUAUGACAAUGCGCAAUGUUACACGACCGUUGUCUCAGCCACCCCUUGUCAUAGGAACCCAGUGUCUUUGCUUGGGAAGGACACCAUGAUGAUGUCAUUAACAAUGGCCGCCGGGGUGUGCAGAGAUCUGUGAGGUUGUACUGGGAUAUAUCUCUCACAGCCACUCGCCACCAGAGAUUCUUGAGCUACCCAUCUGGUCAGAGGAGACAUAGGAAAGGAUGACCAGUGGAAUUCAACACUGCCUUUUUGUCGCAGACCACAAGGAGGACUGAGAAACAAAAAUUACAAUGACAACAAUGGAAUGAAAGUUUUUGGAACCUUUCUUAUUUCUUCUUCCUCUUAGAGUUCUGUUUGAUGUGUUCAUUAGUGCUCAUCUGUUGUUGUCUCCGAAGGAAAAACUGGAAACUUGUCAUAUAGUUCCCCUCAUAAUGAAACAUAAGUAUCCACUAGCUUGCAUCUCCACCGCAUGACAUAAACCAGUGCAUGUUUUCUAUUCUCAGUGGUUUGGGCAUUUCUUUUGAGCGGUUUUGGUAAAGUUUGUUUGCAAAUGGAAGGAUGGUGCAGUGAGUUGGAAAGUGGAAGAGGAGAAAUUUCAGUGUAGCUCAGCAGGGCUACUGUUACAACCUUUCAGUGUAGCUCAGCAGGGCUACUGUUACAACCUUUCAGUGUAGCUCAGCAGGGUUACUGUUACAACCUUUCAGUGUAGCUCAGCAGGGCUACUGUUACAACCUUUCAGUGUAGCUCAGCAGGGCUACUGUUACAACCUUUCAGUGUAGCUCAGCAGGGCUACUGUUACAACCUUUCAGUGUAGCUCAGCAGGGCUACUGUUACAACCUUUCAGUGUAGCUCAGCAGGGCUACUGUUACAACCUUUCAGUGUAGAAAUUGUCACCUUUCAGUGUGGGUACGGUCACCUUUCAGUGUGGGUACGGUCACCUUUCAGUGUGGGUACGGUCACCUUUCAGUGUGGGUACGGUCACCUUUCAGUGUGGGUACGGUCACCUUUCAGUUAGAGAAAUGGCAAGGUGCUUGUUGUGUAAUGUACAUCUAUCCUUAGUGUCACUUCUUCUCACUGAUUUGGAAUGGAAUGUUGCAGUGUAGGUGUCAGGCAAAGAGGAAGGAUCCAGGAAAGGAAUGAUUGAUGACACACACACACACACGUCACCCACUUCUCUGUAUUGGUCAAUGGAGCUAACGAGGUGGCAUUUUAGAUUUGAAAUAAAUGGUUUAUGAUUUUGUCUUUGGUAUGCACUCGUCCUUAUCUCUCAGUAAAGUGUUUGUGGGUUUUGUCAUUUGAGUCACUGUAUUAAAAGGGUAAGGAAUUUAAUAUGGUUGUACCUCCUUGGAAACAAUAAAUUAUUAAACAAUCAA